AUGCGACUGUUUCUUGAUAACGAUCAUCAGGUCAACGCUCAACACCAUCAAGAAGGACCAAGUCCUACUCCUCAAGAUGAAGACAAUCAUUUGGAACCGAAUUAUUUCAUUUUCUCCAUCACCUUAAUCCUUGUAUUCCUCGUUGUUAUUGGCAACAGCAUCACAAUCCUUGUUUUCAAGAGCACGCCGAAACUAUGUAACCAAACUGGUUUUUGCUUGAUCAACCUGGCUAUAGCAGAUCUUCUGACUGGAGUGAUCUACCUACCCUACAGCCUGCCAUGCGCCCUCAACGGUGAUUGUCUGAUAAGAACGAACCGAUAUCUUUGUCUCGGCGUAGUUACGGUGUCGUAUACGUGCUACAGUGUAUCUGUCUUUACCCUCGUCAUCGUCAUGCUGGAUCGUUAUCUCCAAAUCAGCCGACCAUUUCACUACAACGAGAUCUUCAGCAAACCUAGAACGUUAGCCACUCUAGUUUCUUCUUGGGUCGUGUUGUUUACUUUCACUGCCGGUUUUAUUCUAUCUGAGCCGAACAUCAUCGUUUUCGAUGGGACAAUUUAUCAUUGCACUAUUGCAGCUGCAACACAUCGAGCUCGUUUACGCAUUGCCAAUCAAGAGGCAGCCGUAGCGUCAUCAGGAAACUCACAAGCACAGAGAACUCGAGCAAUCCGACAUUUUCGCAAAUCAGAGGUACGCAUUGCCAUACGGAUCUUUGUAGUCGUGGCGGCUUUCAUUAUUUGUUGUAUGCCAUUCAAUAUCGAGUUGUUGUACGCUCGUCGCACCCAGCACAUGUUUCCCGAUAAAGCUGCCGUCACCACCGUUCUGAUGGUCGAAAUCAACAGCGCACUGAAUCCUAUUAUUUAUGUUACGAGCUACUCAAAGUUUCGACGUGUCUUCAAGGCCAAGUACCUAAAGUUCUGCAGAAAUUCGAAUCGAGGAGACUCUGUCAUCUGGACGGUGACGAGUCAGCAUAGAGACCAGUACACACCGUCACGACGUCGAACUAGUCCAAUGACGAUGACCAACACGCCUCCCAACAACCGAAUGUUUCUGAUGACGGCAAAAUGUAACAUAGACGAAGAAAUUGAUGAAUGCGUAGCUGAUCUCGAGCUAUGA